CUCGUGGAUGGGAGUUCAAAGGUUAGUUACCUACCUGUUGGAGUCACAUGAUGUAGCUCAGUAUGCAAUGUCCGUGUAUGAGUUUGAACCGAAAUAUUAAACAGUCAACUCUUCAGCAUGAGUUCCUGAGUUAAUCAUAACCACAGAGUUAGGACUCAUGAAAUGGUGUCAGAAGUGACCAUUUCGGCUGAGUGAUAGAAGAAACAAGUUUGGAGCGGCAAAAUGGAGAAGUUUCAGGCGCUGGACCCGUUCGACUUCACCAUGCCCGCGGCAUGGCCGGCCUGGAGACAGAGUUUCUCUCGUUUUCGGAUUGCAUCAAAACUCAACCUAGAAGACGACAAUGUGCAAGUAAACGUUCUACUGUAUGCUAUGGGAAAAGAUGCAGUACCGAUAUUCAACACGUUCACGUUCGGAGACGAUGAGGAUGAUUACUACAAUAAGGUAAUUAACAAGUUCCACGUGCAUUUUGUGCCGAAGCGGAACACCAUCCACGAACGUGCGUGUUUCAACAGACGUUCCCAGCUACAGGGGGAGAGUGUGGAGGCGUUCGUGAGACGUCUUUAUGAACUGGCUGAAUACUGUGACUUUGGAAUAGCAAAGGAUGAACACAUAAGAGAUCGCAUCGUCGUUGGAAUACUCGAUAGCGAAUUGUCGCAGAAGCUUCAACUGGAAUCGGAUUUAACUCUGGAAAAAGCAAUCAGCAUGACUCGUCAAUCCACCUCCCCCUCAACCCCCAAUAAAAAAAAACUCGUAGACAGCCGUAACAUGGGUCUGCUAACUGCCGCAGUCGUUGGUACACUAGGUGCUGGUGGUGCCGUGGUCGCUGCCCCUUUCGUUCUGGGGGCCGCUGGCUUCACCGCGGCCGGAAUCACCGCUGGGUCCUGGGCUGCAGGCAUGAUGUCAGCAGCUGCCGCAGCGAACGGAGGGGCGGUGGCAGCGGGCUCCACAGUGGCCGUGUUGCAGUCACUAGGUGCGGCUGGUCUGGGAACAGCUGCUACUGCUGCAGUUGCUAGUGUCGGGGGAGCAGCUGCACUGGCUCUGAAAGGAGCUAUAAAUGGUAUUAAAUCACUUGUACAAACAAACAAUGUUAAUUAAGCUUUACUUAUUUGCAUUAGGCUAAACAGCAUUGAAUUUUUUGGGUGAAUUGUGUACAAGUAAUUCAUCAAGUUUCCCCAUGUGCAUUAACAAUCCUUGAUAACAGAAUGGAGUGAGUGACUAUCAUUUUAUGUGUCAGUUGACCUUGUUAAACAGAAUUGUUUGAUGCUAACAAGAUUAAUGUAGCCAUCUAAACUAAAUCCCAUUAAAAAAAACGGAGUAUUAUAGGUAUUUGAGAGGUCUGCUAUGGUUAUGGACGAGAAGAUGGAAAGUCGGUGGUCAUGCAAUUUUAAAAGGUUAAAUACCAGGCCUUAAUGAAGUUAGGCGUAUAGUGGCUCAAUUUCUGAGUUGUCUUGAACACAGCAAGAGUAGAGCUGGAUAAUUAGAUCCCCUAUGCUAUAAUGCUGUAACAAAGACAAUGCUACACCCCACCUAAGUGACUUCUGGGCACCUCCAGGUAAGGGCACAGGAUUAUGAUGGAAAACCGGUUUAGUGUAACAGUUUGCAGACAAUGAUACCGGACCUACUGUUCCGUGUCGCGAUGUAGGAGACCUUCCUGAGUGUGUGUGGCAAUGGCUGGUUUAACAUGGGCACACUGAUUGCUCAAUGCGCAACAGGUGUGCAGGGCUCACCUGCCCCCAGAGUCUAAUCAUACUGACACAUCAUCCUCACACACCCCAUCCUCACACACUACAAAUGCAUUUUAGAACAUGAAAAUAACUUAUUUGGUGCGGAAACUAACGCUCUCCUACAUCGUAAUGUGCCGUUGCAAUCAAGGGGGUAAUUCAAAUUAAUCUGCUUUACCCUCCCAAACAGCCUUAUGCUUUGCGUAUCCAUGACAGCAAACGUACGCACUGAAAGAUCUACAGAGCUUGUUCUCAGGCGUUGGUAAACAUUUCCAUGACAAGACGUCUUGUCUAAAAGUCGGCUAAAAUUGUUCACCUUAGUAACGUGAGGUUAGUUGAAUCGACACAUUGAUUGAUAAAAAAUUAGCAAGUAUAAUUUAUGGCUGUAAUCCAGUUUUUUGUAAUCCAGACCUUGUCAUAAAUUAUGCUGUGCUUGAGUUAAGGUGCAGACCACCUGUUUGACAUCCAAAUUAAAAAGCUGUUUUCUUUUGGCAAUCAACAAUUAUUGGUUAUUCUGUCUUGUAUUUAUACUAGAACUGUCAAGCGAUUAAAAUAUUUAAUCGUGAUUAAUCGCAUUAAUGUCAUAGUUAACUCACGAUUAAUCGCAAAUUCUUUUUCUAUGCUAAAUAUCCCUUGAUUUUCCCUUCAUUUUAAUUCUCUUAUCAACAUGGUGAAGUGCAUCGGCUUGCCUUGUGCAAAUGAUUUUUUAUUGAUAACAACAUUGGCAUAUACUGAUCAAAACAGGACGAUACAAAAAAAGAGCCUAUAGUGCAAUUAAACGACUGCUUUGAACAAAUUUAAUUUGAACAUAGCAGUCAGGCUACUGCUUCUUUGUUUUGAGCCAAAGAAAAAAAGAAAAUAUAUUAUUUAUUUUUUAACGCCAUUAAAAUUGGUUUGCGUUAACGUCGUUAAUAACGCGUUUAACUGACAGCUCUAAUUUAUACAUUACUUAUCUAUUAUUGUAUUGUAUGACAAUCUUUAUAUGUGAAGCAAUUUGUGUCUGCCUUGUGAAAAGUGCUAUAUAAAUAAAGUUGCCUUGCCUAAAAUAAUAUUUUCCAUCUUUUUUGGCCAUGUCCUGAGAAUUGAAUAUGACACUAUGUUAUCGACCUUCAGUGCAUUCGAUAAUUAAACACCGACAAUGUCAUCAGAAUUUUAUACUUAAACGACCAUAAUGUUUUUUGUUAUGGGUCAGUUGGAGCAUUAGACAACCAUACUUGACGAAGGUAAUGACACGGCUGGAACUUUUUUCCUCUGAAACUUUUCACCAUUGCAAUUAAUACCUGGUGAGACGCCACAUAGUGGUUGGAGAGAAAAAAAAAUGUAAAUGGGUUUUAAAUAAUUUUCAUUUAAUCAAAAUGGAUGGAUGCAGAAAGUAUACUGUAACUAGCAUGUUGAGUAUGGUUCAAAUAGCUAGUCAAAGAACAUCAUUACUGCCUUAUCCAGUCCAUGUACGAGUCAUUCAUGUUUUAAAUAAAUAGGAACAUAGGAAAACUACUUCCUCUUAAUGCCACACUAAAUGGCUGCCAUGGGGGUCUCUGUGUCCUUAACCUGCUUUUUGGGGCCCACUCUCUGAGCGAUGCCGUAGGGCACGUGACAUGCAACUGUCCCCAGCUCUGCUGCUCCCUCCACGUGGAACAUCUGAUCAUCAAAAAAUAUGUGGGGCCGAAUUUUCUCCAGCAUCGGCCCUUUUGGGGCCCCGGCCAGGAAAAGAGCCUCGUCGAUCUCCAGGCCCCAUGAUCGAAGAGUGUUUAGAGCCCGGGUCCCUGAACUGGCUGCACUGCGAGCCGUCACCAAGUAAGUGCGAAUAGGACAGUCCAUCCGCUGGCCUUUGGCAUAGAACUUCUUCUGCAGCUUCCCCAAAGCCUCCAGGAAUCCCUUCAACGGCCCCUGGGAAAAGCAGGGAAAGAGUAGGCGCCUGAAACCAUAAUACUCGGAUCAAUCUGUAUUCGUUGUACAGAUGUAUUUAAAGGGGACAUAUUAUGAAAACAACACUUUCCCUGUGAUUUUGGGUCUUAUUUUCGGUCUCUGGUGCUCCCACACACAUACAAACUUUGAAAAUAGUCUACUAUUAUUUGAGUGAGAUAUGCAUUUCUGAAAGUACCCCGCCUACAGUUAAAAAACGAGCGAGUCAGUCUCGGCGACCCCUCCUACGUACGAAAGGGGCACACUUGAAUAUUA